AAUAUUUUCUAUUAAAGUGGUGUAGGGUUUUUAUGGUUGCUCUAUUUAAUUUUUACAAGGUGCGUGUUGAUGGCACACAGAGGAAGGGAAUGUAUCUAGGGGAAGAAGCAGCAUAAUACAAGAUUUAGGGUUUAAAACAUAUGGAUAUCCGUAAGAUCCUGUUAUUAAAUUCAGGGUGUUUACUACUGCAUCUAAUCCAACACAACUGGGGGCUGCUACCCAAAGGGAUAACCCCCUCCCCCUAUCCUCAGCUGCUUCCUCAUGCUGGUUUUCUGCGGUGGCUCGAGCAAUAUAUCUGCUAUAUUAUCCUAAAUUCUUGGAGAAGCUCUCCACAUCGGCUACACCAGGAGAGAUGUACAUUACCACAGGAAAGCUGGCUUGAUCCGUCUUCUGCUUUAUAAAGCAGGAAAGCUGACGUAAAGGCUUCACUUUACUGAAACAAUUCAAGUAAUCUCAGAUCUUUAGCUCAGAUUAAGCUUUAUUAAUUGAUUGACUUUCAGGAGUGGUGAAGGAAAUGUAAUUACAACGUGGACGGACCAUGAACUACUAUUCAACUAUGAAAGGAUGCUAUAGAAGGACAUGUUUUAUUUGUGGAUGACCAAACAUUCAGCACAUCUUGCUGCUGCACCGAAAACCACAGACAAAAUUAGGAGGCCAGAAACAGUGUUAAAUAUGUCAGAAGUAUUAUGUGAAGCGUUAAAAUUUUUAAACAAUGUCAAUAACUUGCUGUAAUUUUAAAAUAAACACAUUGACCGCUUUUCUCCUCCCUGCCUCCAAAUAACUGGUAGCAAUUCUUUUAUUUCAGUCCCGCAAAAAUGUUUACCAAGAGCUCUAAUGAUAGUAAUUGCACAAAAUAAUUGCCUGUUUUAAUAUUUUAACACUGUGACUUGCAGAGUAAACUAUUCUGCAUAGGAACAUGGCAUACCUAGAGGCUUUAUAAUUAAAACAAGGCCUCAAAUCUGAUUCAGACUUUGUAAGUCUGUACAGCUGCGCAAUAAAUAACGACUUUACACGUUUUCCACCACAUAAUCCAUCAGUAUGGAUGACUGGUAUCAGACUUCCCACUUGGUCAUUGACCACCUGGCUGCCUUUUAGAUGGGAACCCGAGCCCGGCGGAGGGCUGGCAUCAAAGCGCCCGGCCUUACCGCGGCCCCCGCAGUGACACAGGGUUAUGAGCGUGCCUGGUUUCUGUCGUGGUGUCUGUACCACUGCCAGCUCCCACCAUCACCCAGCUGGGAUGCCCGGCCUCCAUGAGGGCUGCGGCCCUGAGCUGCCAACCUGAAGAUAUGGCCACUCCCUUUCUUCCCAGACCAAAGGUCUUCACCCUAAGCAAUUAAAAGUUUUAUUCCUUGACUGCCAUCGUGUUCGUGAAAUUGCAAUCCUGAUCCUUGGUCGAGCUUUUCAGAUUUUACCAGGCACAAGUACCUGUCCGCCCAGAGUGGCACAACAAGGCUGUAAAACACGGCGAGCUUUAUUUAGCUGGCUAUCCGCUAUUUCUUUCUCUCUGAAAACGCCGGUGCCGCCCUAACACGUAGGCCCUUCCACGGCGCCCACCGCCACCUGCCCGCAGCGGGGACCCAGCCGGGGCCCAGGCACCCAGGGCCGGGGCCAGGGCCUCCGGGCGGCCGAGCCCCGCAGGAGGGCCCGCGGCGGGGCAGCGCUGCCCGGGCCGGGUGGCGCCGGGGGCCAGGCGGCUGUGCGCUGAGGGGCUGCGGGGCGGCGCGGCACUGCCGGCCCCGGCCCGCCGCCUGUGCGGCGCUGCCCCCGGCGCUGGGGCGGCCCGGGGCCCGGGGGAGCGGCCCGGAGCCCCGUGAGGCGGCCCGGGGCCCGGUGAGGCGGCCCGGGGCCCCGGUGGUGGCCGCUCCCCGCGGCGGCCCCCGGCCCGGCGGAGCUGCACCGCGCGCCCCCCCGGGCGAGGGGCGGGGGCGAGCACUGUCCCGGCCGGCGCUGAUCUUACGCUCCCAUUGGCCGCUGUCUGCGCUGACGUCACGAUCAUGAUGAGAAUUAAUGAUCGGAGGCGCUGAUUUCAUUGUGUGACGCCGGGACCGACCCAGCCGAAACCGGCUGAAUCCGGAGCCCCGGGCCCCCCGCACCAGCCCCGCGCAGCACGUGCCAAUGUGUUGCUAACCAGCUGGACACCUGGCUUCCCAAAAGCUCAAAUGCAUGUUUUCUAAGCUUGGCAAGUCAAGAUCAAAAUGAAGUUAUCAUAAAAAUCCAUGUGGAUUUCUAACUUGGAGUCUGAGGUUCAAGACAAAGAUGAAUCUGCGUUCUGUAUUUACUGUAGAACAACAAAGGAUAUUACAGCGUUAUUAUGAAAAUGGAAUGACAAAUCAAAGUAAAAAUUGCUUUCAGCUCAUAUUACAGUGUGCACAAGAAACUAAACUGGACUUCAGUGUAGUCAGGACGUGGGUUGGCAAUAAACGAAGGAAGAUGAGCAGCAAGAGUACUGUAGAAUCUGGAGGCACUCCCCCAGGGACUGUCCCUACUACUCCCUCAGUACCUCCAGAAGCAGCAGUUAGAAAUGUGGUAAAUAUUGCUCGAUCCCAAAGUCAGCAGUCUUCUUGGACCUCUUCUAAUAACGAUGUAAUAGUUACUGGUAUAUACAGUCCUGCGAGUUCAUCCAGUAGGCAAGGAUCCACCAAACAGACAAAUGCUUCGAUGGCAGAAAUACAUAAAACCUCUAUUCCACGACUACCAGGAAAAAGUGAUACAGAGUUUCAGCAGCAGCAUAUCCCUAUAGGACGACAAGUACCACAUUGUAAAAAUGCUUCCCUAUUAGUAGGGGAAAAGACUAUUAUUUUGUCUAGGCAAACAAGUGUACUGAAUUCUGCAAACUCCAUAUAUAGUCACACCAAAAAAAGCUAUGGUGGUUCGUCAGUCCAGACCGCAGAGUUGGUGUUACCUCAGAAGCCGAUGAUAUGCCACAGACCCUGCAAAGCUGAACCGGUGGGAUGUCAAAGGUUACAGAAACCAGAACAUGCAGCUCUCACAUCGCACGUGCCCCCUGGACAAAGGGCUAAUUCCAGGGACCCUUCUUGUAGCACGCAAAACCUGGAAAUCCGCGAAGUGUUUUCUUUGGCGGUUACAGAUCAACCUCAAAGAAUUGUGGGAGGAAGCGCGGUGCAGAAGCAUUGCUCGGUGGAAGGCAGCUGUCUGUCCAUCGCGAUGGAAACCGGUGACGUGGAUGACGAAUACGCUAGAGAAGAAGAACUAGCAUCCAUGGGAGCACAAAUACAAAGCUAUUCAAGAUACUGUGAAAGCAGCAGUUCUGUUCGAGUAGAGAACCAAAGUGCAGCCUUGUCUGGGCCAGGAAGAAAUGUGAGCUGUAGUUCACAGGUAGUGAACGCCAGGGACGUGCCUGACAAUAUUCUGUAUCAUAACAGAGACUACCACGUGCCUGCGCGGACCUCAUUACAUACAACAUCCAGUACAUUAUAUAACAGUGCUAAUCCAUCAAGAAGUACCUUUUCUCCUCAUUUUACAUCUUCAAGUCAACUGAGGCUGUCACAAAACCAAAAUAAUUACCAGAUUUCAGGAAACCUUACUGUGCCUUGGAUUACAGGUUGUUCCAGAAAAAGAGCAUUACAGGACCGCACACAAUUUAGUGACCGAGACUUAGCUACCCUAAAGAAAUACUGGGACAAUGGCAUGACCAGCCUGGGCUCAGUCUGCAGAGAGAAAAUUGAAGCUGUGGCUGCAGAAUUAAAUGUUGACUGUGAAAUAGUGCGGACUUGGAUUGGGAAUCGAAGACGGAAAUAUCGUUUAAUGGGGAUUGAGGUCCCACCCCCUAGAGGAGGUCCUGCUGAUUUCUCUGAUCAAUCUGAAUUUGUUUCUAAAUCAGCACUUAAUCCAGGAGAGGAAACUGCUACUGAAGUGGGGGAUGAUAAUGAUAGGAAUGAUGAAGUAUCAAUCUGCUUAUCUGAAGGAAGCUCACAAGAAGAGACAAAUGAAGCUCUUCAAAAUGAAGAAAUCGGUCAGAAAGAUGAUGACCAGAAUCCAGUAUCUACUGAUAAUGUGAAAAUAGAAAUUAUAGAUGAUGAAGAAAGUGAUAUGAUAAGUAAUUCUGAAGUGGACCAAAUGAGUUCUCUGUUGGAUUAUAAGAAUGAAGAAGUCAGAUUCAUUGAGACUGAGUUGGAGAACCACAAACAGAAGUAUUUUGAACUACAGACGUUUACUCGGAGUUUGAUACUUGCUAUUAAAUCAGAUGAUAAAGAGCAGCAGCAGGCACUGCUCUCAGACUUACCUCCUGAAUUAGAAGAAAUGGAUUUCAAUCAUGCAUCCCCAGAGCCUGAUGAUACCUCAUUCAGCUUGUCGUCUUUAUCUGAGAAAAAUGCCUCAGACAGUUUGUGAAUUUUUUUUUUUAACUGACAAAAAAAGAAACCCCACGUAACGUGUAGGUUUCAAGAGAACGGCAUUUGCUAUCCUGUGUUCUUCAGUCCAAAAAAGAAAGCCCAAGGUGAAGUAGACUUUCCUGAAGGAUGACUGUAGUAGGUCAUGGCUACAGUUUGCACUGUCAAGAAAUUUUGAAUGUUGUUUUUGGUAAAUGAAAGACCUGUGUGAGGAAAGGUUUCACUUUUAGCAGUUUGGCCUUGAUUAGGAUAACUUCUGACUUUCCAGAAUAACUCUUGCUCUGUAGCAAAGGCUUUUUGAGCAGGGAUCCAAGAGCGGAAAACAAAUGUCCUGUUACACAAACAGCUCAUUCUUCAGAGUCGCUUGCUCACCAGUCCUGUUGAUUAUUUUUUUUCCCCAUUUUUACUCAGGUAGGUGGACUAAAAAUUGGAGAUCCAAAUAGAAUAACGGGCUUGUUACGAGUUGUGCUUGAACCCUUUUGAAAAUCUGAAAAAUUAAACUGAAGUGUUUUUCAUUAUGUGA